CUCUCUCUCUCUCUCAGAAACACCCACGUCUACCCCACGCUGAUCUUUUGAGUGGAACCUCGAACACAGAAGCAGCUUCUCUUUUAGAGAAGGGAAAAGGCUAGAGAACAACCCCUUUUCCUCUCUCUCUCUCUCUCUCUCUCUCUCUCUCUCUCUCUCUCUCUCUCUCUUAUGGAUUCUGGUAAUAGUGGGAGUUUGCAAUCCUCCAGCGGCGGCGAUGACGAGUACGACUCGCGCGCCGAGUCAAUCUCCGCCUUGCUCAGUAACCCACCGAGUCAACUCGGUCCCAUGUCUAACCCACCACCACAUCACCACCACCACAUGGACCCUUUAUCAAAUAUGUUCGAUCCGUUAUCAUCCAGGCUCACCAACCCAAACCCACUCCUCAAUUUCGACAUGAUGUGGUCCAAAACCCUAAGAUCCGACCCCAAUCCCAUCGAUCUCGGCGGCCUCAGCCAACCCUUUUUGACCAAUCCCAGUAUCAACCAAUUAGGACAAAACAGAGGCGCCGCCGCCGCCGGCGGAGGAGGAGGCGGGUCGUCUACAUUUGCGGCGCUUCAGAUCCCACAUGAUCAUCAAAACAUUUCGGCCUCUUCUUCGGCUCCCGACAACCAAACCCACAACAACAACGGCGUCGUUCGGAAUCCGAAGAAGAGGUCGAGAGCGUCGAGGCGAGCACCGACGACGGUGCUGACAACAGACACCACAAAUUUCAGAGCCAUGGUUCAGGAAUUUACAGGUAUCCCUGCUCCUCCAUUUUCUUCUUCCUCGCCGUUCCCGAGGAGCAGAUUGGACCUUUUUGGCAGUGCUGCGGCUGCCUCUUCAUUGAUGAGAUCAGCACCCGGAGGAGGAGGAGGUGGUGGUUUGGGUUUGGACGCUCCUUCUUCAUACCUUUUGAGGCCUUUUGCUCAAAAAGUGACGCACCAACCACCAUCUUCAUUGCUUGAUCCCGUUAGUUCAACCUCCACAAAUCACAAUCUCCUCAAUCUGCACAACCAAAACCCUUCAUCAUCAUCUUCUUCACAAGUUCUCAAUUUCCAAUCCCUUUUUCAAUCCCAGCAACAAAAUCCUAAAUACCCAUUAAUGUCCAUUAAUUCACCACCUCAUCAUCAUCAAGCAGGCUCUUUGGGGGGGCCUCAUCAUCAACAUUUUGGCUUGACUCAGCAGCAGCAGCAACAGCUUAAUGUUAAUGCGCUUUCCAACAACAUCAUCGUAUCCUCCUCGGACGCCGCGCUUUCCAGGCACGACAUUAGUAAUGGUCCAAGUUGGGGUACUGACGGAACAGGGUCCAACAAGAACAUCGACAACAACAAUGUGGUUGAUCAUCAAAGACUAAUGAGUUCUAUCAAUGGAAAUUACGGCAAUGGGAAACUCAACUACUCGGCUGCUGGUUCUUCGUCGAAUAUUGUGCUUAAUGGCGGUAAUGUGCCUCCAACUACUACUGCCGCUGCUACUACUACUACCGCCACUCGAAGCGAAGGUAUGGUGGAAUCAUGGAUUUGCUCCUCAGAUUAGGCUUUUUCACCACCAAAAUUAUUACACUAAAAUUCACCAAAUCAUGUUCUGUGAGUUAUCCUCCCUCCAUUUUAACCAUGACCACCACCAACAAUUAAAUUAUGAGGACACUUUUUAUUUCCCUUUACUCUUUCUUUCUUGAAUUAUAUGUAAAUAAUAGACUCCCUCUCGCUUUCUUUUUGUUCAUACUUCAUACACGAUCCAUUUAUAUAUUGUAACUCCAAUACUAAAAUGCUAGUUGUUGAUAGAAAUCAUGUGUGUUCAUAUAUGGCUCUGAUCUAAGGUGUAAUCUGAAUGCAUGGUUCUUCCCCGCACAUCAUUUUUCAUAAAUGAUCGUUUAGUUAAAUUU